ACACCGAGAAGAAACAUGGCGACGUCCAUCAGCCUCCGUACUGCUUAUAUUCAGUGUUUUUUCUAACCAGUAAACUUAUUUAAAGAGGAACAAGUCCUGUCCGACGGAAAAUUACAAUACAUAAGUGGUGGAAAGAAAGUGCAUCCAGUACUGCACUUGAGGACAACUUUUAGUGUCAUGUCCAGGCUGGCAGUGGUGUGUGGAGGCUCCAGGGGCAUUGGGAAGGCCGUGUCCCGCCUUCUGGCAGAGAGGGGCUGCCGGCUGGCCGUUGUCUCCAGGAAUGAAGAUGCUGCCCGAGCCACUGUGGCAUCUUUACACGGAGCCAACCACGUGGCUCUCAGCUGCGAUGUCUCUAAAGAGCAGGAGGUGCAGAAAACCUUUGAGACGAUCCAGAAGACCUGUGGAAACAUCUCUUAUCUUGUGAAUGCAGCUGGCAUCAACAGGGACGCUCUGUUACUAAGAACCAAGCCGGAGGACAUGGUGGCUCUGCUCCACACCAACCUGCUGGGCACCAUGCUGACCUGCAGGGCGGCACUGCGCAGCAUGCUGCACACUGAGGGAGCUGCCAUUGUUAAUAUAGGCUCUGUUGUGGGUAUGAGAGGGAACGCUGGCCAGUGUGUCUAUAGUGCCAGUAAAGCCGGUCUAGAAGGUUUCACACGCUCUUUGGCUAAAGAAGUCGCCUCACGCAAUAUCAGAGUGAACCUGCUGGCUCCAGGUUUCAUCCACACUGACAUGACUGCAGGGCUGAAGGAGGAGGACGGGGUGCGCUCUAUCCCACUGGGGAGAUUUGGCGAGCCAGAAGAAGUAGCCCUGGGGGUCCUCUUCCUUUUGGAGUCUUCCUACAUCACAGGGCAGGUGCUGGUGGUGGAUGGAGGGCUGCAGUUGGCCAUGUAGAGAAUGGGGCCUUCCUCUGGAGUCGCCUCAGCACUCAAAACAACGGUAGUGAGGCAGGUGAAAGCCUCACUCUGCCUUUUCUUGAAAAUUGUAUGUCUUGGUUAAGGCACGGUUGGAGACUUUCUAGGACAUGUUUCAAGAACAAGAUGAAGGGACGGAACAAAGUUUUUGCACAGGCUGUAAAAAGGCAGUUACUUUCAGAGGAUCACUGUCCUACUGCUCUCUGUCUGCUUCUGCUGAGUCACUCUGUCCAGCCACAGUAGGCGUGGCCUGAUGUGUCUGUGUUUGUGUGUGUGUGUGACACUCGAUCAUGACUAACACUGCUGACUCCAGAGUGUCUGGCCCAGUCCAGACCUCCGUGCCCUGAGGUCCUAAAUUUGAUCAGUAGAUUGAAAGCUGUUGGUCUUUUUCCAUGACUGUAAAGCGCCCCCUCAUGUUUUGUUCCCCACCUCCCCCAGGCGACCCCCUUACAGCCAGCCCAUGUUUCCCCUCCACCAGCGGCCCCCUGAGCCCACCACCUCUGGAGGGGCCUGUCGAGGGGCCAGACAUGUUGGGCUGCAGCUGGAGGAAAUUAGAGGUAGUGGUGGAGGUGGGGGGGGUAUUUUUAGCUCUGGGAAUGUUUUGAGUGUCUGGUUACAGCUCUGGACCUGUAGUGUGGAUGGAUGGGGUUGGAGGUGACUGUCAUGCUCAGUGAUGAGAUUUGAAAUGCUGCGUCGCUUGUUCCUGUCAUUGAAACACGCUGUUAAGUGUCAUAACCGUGACUUAAAGUGAGAAACUUUGAUAGUGUUUUAUGUACACUUGUGUCCUAAAUGUUGUAUUUUCUAUGAAAGGAUUAGCUUAUGUUGUACUCAAUACACCAUACAAUGGUAUUUCCACUGUGACUAAUAGUGUGUUUUCUGGCAUUCUCUUAUUGUUUUAAGAAGAGCCUGCCAGUUUUUAAAAACAUCUCACGCUGUCUCUGAAGAGUUUGAUUUUUAUUAACUUUCAUAACCUAAAAUAAUAUCAGGAGAACAAUCCAUAUACAGGCAUUGAUUGGCAUAGAAAUGUGCAAACACAGUAACUGUCAGCUGAUGCAAGCUCUGAACAGAUGCAGAAAAAGAUGUCCACUUUGUAUAGUAUUACAUAGGUGAUGAAAAUAGUAGAUAUAAAUAUACCUUGCCUUUCACUUUCCACCUGCUGAGUGUUUUCUACUGCUGAAUACUGGAAAAAAAAAGCUGUGUUUUUAUACAUCCUGGAAAAAGUUGUUUGGCACUGUACAAGUGUCCAAAAAUAACAUGCAAAGAAAUUGUUUGCAUUAAGCCUAAAAGUGAUUUAAGGCAGUAAAUAUAUUUAUAAAACUUCAUGAUACAGAAAAGAUUGUCUUAUCAAUGAACGAAAGGUUGCUGAUAUAAUUUAUGUCAAGAUUGAUGGGAAAGCAAGGGGUUUUUUUUUUUCUCAUACAAAAAUAAAAUGGACAAUCUGUGACGUGUGUGACGAAUACACUGAAACUUUUCACAGCACCCUCUCGAGUGAGAACAUUUCAAUUCACACUUGUAGAUAAACCAUUGAAGAAGGAAAAAAAA